CAUCAUGAUUAAGAUUAGUUGCUACAAAAUGGACCUUUGGAUAGUAGGGCUAAUAUUAGCUUUCCAACAAGUGUAUUUUACACAGGGAAAUACAACUUCGGACGGAACAGUGCUGCCAAUCGAUUAUCAAGCAGAAUUUUCCUGGAAUUUGUAUAGAAAGAUAUUUUCCAAGUCCGAUCAACCUAUUGUGAUUUCACCUUACUCGCUUAGAAAAAUAUUUGCCUGUUUGCAACAAUUGACUGAUUCUAAAGAUCCUAACACAGCCACUCUUAAAAAAGAGCUUAACCAAGUAUUUAAACUGAAACAGAAUAACGAAUUGAUCGAUUUGGUUCGUCAAAGGUACGCUAACCAGUGGACGGCGUUGCAACAAGAAAGUGGAUUUAACAUCACUACACUGGCAGCAGUGAUUGACCCUGGAAAGGUUUCAAAACGUGUAAGGAAACUAACCAGCAGCUGCGGAAUAUUUACACGUUCUCUCAAACCUGCAAGUCCUAAACUCAUGACCCGAACGUUCAACGGUAUUAUGAGAAAUGUGGCCAAUAGUACAGUGAAACGUUUUUUGGGCGAAUCGGACAUCAAUCCCGAUUGGGACUUCUUUGUUGCCGACUCGUGGAAGUUCAAAGGAUUGUGGAAAUACGAAUUUUAGAAAAGUCAUUCGACUACAUGCAAUUUCUACGCCAAUGCAACGACGAAAGGGUUGAUGAGGUUCAUGUAUCUUGAGGAGAUGCUGAAGUAUGGAUACUUCCCCGACUGGCAUGUGCGGGCCGUUGAGUUACCAUUGCAUGGGACGAGUCCUUUUUCGUGUUUACUGUUGAUGCCAGUGAAAAGGGACAUUGAGUUUUUGAUCAACACUUUGAACCACGAGAGAUUUAAAAAUAUCUAUUCCAGUAUGUUUGCCUCGAAGACCACUGUUCGGCUUCCCCAAUUCAAAUAUAGAAUGAAAAUGUCGGCUAAAUCGGUGCUAAGACAGUUAGGGUUUAAUGCUGCAUUCGAUAAGUCUUCCUUCCGCGUUUUCGAUCAGAAAACUGCAGUACCUUUGGGAGAUGUUAUACAAAAAGUGGAGAUCUCAAUGGAUCAUGAAGGCGAGCAAAGCGCUAAUAUGUAUCUCGAUAGAAGCAUGGGAAAUCAAUUUACUGCACAUCAACCGUUUGUGUUUGUAAUAUUUGCGAGGAAGGAACUAACUCCAGUCAUCAUAGGUCACCUUGUAAAGCCAUUAGCGUCGGAAAAUAUAAAAUCUGCAUCGGAUGAACGUUUAUGUGAUAAUCCACCGUAAAUGUGAAAAGUUUAUUCUAUGUUAAAGCGAAAUAGAUUGUUAUUGGGUCAAUCUGGGACACCUCUUGCAUUAUAUAUUCUGAAAGUUUUUCAAA